CUUGCCAUGUUUGCUAUGGAAAAUAUUGGUUUAAAGAAACCUAAUUUGGAUAGGAAUCAAAUUCGCACCUUACUGUACGUUCACUUUAUUAUUAUAAAUAGGACCCUGAUAUUGCCUUCCCCUUGUUCCAUACUAAUGUUUGUUCCAUGACAACCUUUUGUGUUGUGGGGUUUCUGGUUUAAAAGAGCGUUCUGAUCUUAUGCCAGCACUUGAAAACAUAUUUCAAAUGUCGGUGUUAGUUGAAAGAAGUCCCUCAAAGAUGUUAGGGAAGAGACUUAAUCAGAGCGUUGAUACUAAAUCUACCUCCACAUUUAAGAGCCUAAAAGUUGAUAGUACCCGCAAUUUUCCUCAAAAUUGUGGUGCAUUUGUUCGUGAAAACAACGGAAGCAGAGUUCAACAACAUGCUGACGUUAAGAUCUGCCCGGAAUUUCCAUCCACUACUACUACUAAGCGUGUGAAAGUAGAUGCUAUUAGGAAUUUUCCUGAGAGAUGCGGCCCGUGUAUUCCUCAAGAGAAGAAUGGAAGCGAUCCUCAAUGCUCCGCUAAUUCGAAUGUGAUCGAGUCAGUUGAGCCCUCAAGUGUCUCCGUGCGAAGUAAUUUUGAGGCAAAAUAUAUGCAACCUGGGCAAGUUAAAACGGAUGAUUUGGUUGCAACUGGUGCACGUCCAGAAGAGGCUGGUGAUUCAAGUCGUUUGAAUACCUCAUGUCAACCUACUAAUGGCAAUCAACCUUUGAAGAUGAAAGAAAAAAAUCUUAUUUAUGACGAGUCUACUCAACAGCAUGACGUAUUGGUUAAUGAGGUUCUCCAAAAGCCAUCAACUGAUACAGGAUAUACAUGUGAUUGGUUUAUAAAAGGCGAGCCUGUUGAAAAUGGACCAGAAUUACCUGCUAUUGAAGAAAGUCAAAUUGAAGGUCGAAAUGAACCUAGAAACGUAACAAACAAGGUUAUUAUUGAAGAUGCCGUCAAUUUCAUGCCAAUGCCCGAAGACAUACGUUCUGAGCAGCACAUUGAACUGAACAAAGGCCAGGAUCUUGUCUAUAAGAAUUGGGGUCAAUAUGAAUCUGCGCUCAUGAAAAAGCAAACAGAUCUUGGAGUUUCUCAAGAAUAUUUAACGAAUUCUGGUGUCAUGAGUGGUGUUUCUGGUCAUGGAUUGUUAACUGAAUAUGAACAUAUUCAGAAAGUGAAAGAAGUUAGAAAGACUCUGAAACUUUUUGAUGACGUUUACACUAAACUUCUGCUAGAAGAUAAAGCAGAAAAACAUGAAGGACCAUCUAAAAGAAGAAUCCAUACAGAGGCAGCAAUGACUUUGAAAAAUCAGAAAAAGUGGAUAAAUUGUGAGUGGACCUUUGGACAUGUUCCUGGAGUUGAAAUUGGGGAUCAAUUUCGGUUCAGGGCAGAACUUGUUACAAUUGGACUGCAUCACCAAUUUACUAAGGGUAUCAAUUAUGUGAAUAUUAACAGGAAGCGUGUCGCAACUAGCAUUGUUGAUUCUGGUCGGUAUGAGAACAAAUCCAUUUCUUCUGAAACGAUCAUUUAUGUAGGUCAAGGUGGGAAUCCAAAAGUAUCUUUUAAUGCAAGAGUGGAAGAUCAAAAGCUUCAAGGGGGUAAUCUUGCCUUGAAGAACUCCAUGGAUUUGGGGUAUCCCGUGAGGGUUAUUUGUGGUCGACAAAGAGUAAAUGGAGAAAAGAGUGAUGUACGAUACAUUUACGCUGGGCUCUACACUGUGACUAAGUGUUGGCAAGAAAGAGCUCCAACUGGAAAAUAUGUUUUCAAGUUUGAACUGAAAAGAAAACUUGGCCAACCAAAUCUUACUCGUGAACUAGUGUCACGGCUACCAAAUUUAGUCAAGGUAAGUCAUUUUCCUGAAAAUGUUAACAAGGAAACAAAGUCGAUUAUGCAGUUGGAGUUUGUUGUGGACUAUGAUGUCUCGCAAGGAAAAGAGAAGAUACCGAUCCCUGCUGUCAAUACGAUAGACGAUGAGAGACCCCCACCAUUCACUUACAUCACCAACAUGCGAUAUCCAGAUUGGUAUUAUAUCUGUAAACCUGAAGGUUGCAAUUGCACAAGUGGAUGCUCGGAUUCUGAGCAAUGCUCUUGUGCUUCUAGGAAUGGAGGUGAGAUUCCAUUCAAUACAAGAGGCUCUAUUCUUAGAGCAAAACCUCUUGUUUAUGAGUGUGGUCCAUCUUGCAAAUGUCCCCCUUCUUGCAAAAAUAGAGUUAGCCAACAUGGUCCGCGGUACCAUUUGGAGGUUUUCAAGACUGAAUCAAGAGGAUGGGGUUUGAGGUCACGAGAUUAUAUCUCAUGUGGAAGUUUUAUAUGUGAGUAUGUUGGGGAGUUGCUUGAUGAAAGGGAAGCUGAAAAUAGAAUAGAUCGUGAUGAGUACUUGUUUGAUGUUGGCAACUACGAUGAAGAAAUCCCCAAAAGGAAUGUUGCGCGCAAUAAUAACCUCAAAGUUGAGUCAAACUAUUUGCAAAGGAAGGAUGAAGAUGGAUUUACCCUUGAUGCGUUAAGAUAUGGGAAUGUUGGAAGAUUUAUCAACCAUAGUUGCUCACCAAACCUUUAUGCUCAAAAUGUCAUGUAUUACCAUGGUGAUAGGAGAGUACCUCACAUAAUGUUUUUCACUUCUAAGAGUAUUCCGCCAUUAGAGGAACUUACUUAUCACUACAACUACCACAUUGACCAUGUUUAUGAUAAAAAUGGCAAUAUGAAGAGAAAGAAUUGUAGAUGUGGCUCCCGGAAGUGCGAGGGGAGAAUGUACUAAAGAACUACUCAUGUAAGAGUAUUCCUCUUGACGCGAUAUUUGAAGUAUCAUUUUUAUAAUCUUUGUGCACUUGUCAUUUCAACUUUUUGAUCCCUUGUUAUUCCAUUUACGUUUAAUUGUGAAAACUUUGAUCUCUUGUAACGUGUAUUAUGCUUAAUGUCCUAUCUUUUAUGACUUUUAUUUGGUCUUUGAGAUGGUUGUAUAACCACAUGACUCAUGAGGGAGUUAACACUUAUUCGGCAUCUUAGAUUUAGACUUGCCGAAAUAAGGCUUAUUUACCACCCUGGACCAAAAUCCUUGAGAGAGUUUAUCUAAACUACAACAUUGCUCCUGCCACCUCUCUCGCCAGCAACAGUAAGCAGGUAACUUUGUUCACAGAUGUGUUGAAAUCUCUUAGUGUUUUGUUUUUGUUGGUUAUUGAACCUGAGAGCUCAUGAUGCUCAAUCCACAUUAUUGACCACUAUGCCAUGGUGCGCAACAUUGCACUCUUUUGCUAUUGCAAUUCACAAGUAAAAAUUUUUCAUUGAACCAACACAAUAUGAUUGUUCAGUUAAUACUCUUUUGCUGAUUCUCUUCAGUUUCUGUCAUGUAUGCUUAUGGCUGGGUGAAUCAAUUGAGU